AUGGAUCGGCCAAUGGACCGGGAGGAUACGGUGACACAUCUGGAGAAUCAGGCCUGGAUCGAUUGCGAAAAGAUUGACGAGCUUCUACAGGAUCACGUCAAGGUCAUUGUGAGCGUUGAUGGUUCGGACCAGUCCAGCUGUGCCUUUGAAUGGGCGCUGCACGGCUUUGCUCAAAGCGACCGGGAGACGGAUCUGCUCAUCGUCCACUACUAUGACAACACCAAGGAAUAUCUGCCGCCCAAGUGGAGAAAAGGUGCCAUCCAUUCAGAUGUGGAGGCAAAAUGUACAUCCUACCUGGUCUCCAAGCGGUAUGCCAUCAGUGUGAAGGAACGAACGCCGGGAGUGAAGAUUGGGCAGUUGCUGUGCCAGGACAUUAAGGAACAGAAUGCGGGCUUCUGCGUCAUGGGUUUUGCUGGCCGCAAAGGCAAAGACAGACACCUCAUCGGCUCCAACGUUCUGGAGGUGAUGCGAUGCGGAAAGUGCAGCUGCAUUGUCUUCAAGGAGUCGGAUCCCAGCAAACUACCCCUAUCGCGACCGGCCAAGUUUGUGGUUUCGACGGGUCUCAACCCAGCAGCCACCAAAGCAUUCUACGACGCUCUCAGAUUGUCACGACCAGGAGAUGAGAUCCAUGUGGUGUACAUCCGGCCCUACCUGGAGCCACACUCCAAGGAGAGUAAAGUCACCACGGCUAUCCGCCACAAGUAUGACUCCAUCUUCGAAGGGAUGAAGGACCCGGCCGCCUGGCCCAGCGGGAAGAUGGUCAAGUUUGGGGAUCGCAACGUGAAGCUGGUCUUUGCUCCUCAAGGCAUCAAUGAAGGCGUUGCUCAAGCGCUGGUGCGAUAUGCCAACAACUUUGAAGCCGACUUCGUCAUGGUGGGCACCAACGUGCUGCGGGUGGAUCGAGGGAAGCCACCGGUGGGGUCAGUCUCCCUGCAGAUUGUCAUGGAGUUCCCUGGCAACUGCGUGGUGAGCAGCUUCAACCCGGACUUUGUGGCUCAGCCAGGAUAUGGCCGUCAAACCGAAGUCUUGAGGGUGGCAUUGCGCGGAGGGCAGGCCUUGAGCUUGAAACGGAAGGUCUGCAUUGGUCACGACGCGAGGUUGCUGAAAUUGAGCAAUCCCGCAGGUGGCGACCGGAUGCUGUUGGAGGGUGACUACCUGCAUAUUGAGGUGGACUUGCGGGGCCUCUACCUGCCCUUCGGCACCAUGGCCGUGUCCAUCAACUCGGAACCUCAGGAGGUCAUUUUCGAUGACAUUACGCUCACAAACGGGUCGCCCUUGAUGCCGGUGGUUUGCAUGGGCGGCAACCUAUCCCGUGUGCGCCUGAUGCCGGUCAGCUGA